UUUUACACUAGCAGAUAUUUCAUUCGAUUUUUUGUUUUGUUUUGUUUGUUUUUUUGUUACAAUAUGUGUUGUUCAUAUUGCCUACUGUUCAGUAUCAGUAGCAGUAUUCAGCUGAUCCACAGUGAUUCUCCCAGGCGCUCCAUCUAUCCUGAUGACAGUGCGGGUGUGGCGGCAGGUUCCUCCCACCUGUUGUGCAGCAGUGAUGAUGUGCUGCUUCUCUUGGGAGAAACACAAGACCUACAGUGUACUCCUGACAACAGCCUUCUGAUAUUUACAGGAAAUAUCGUUUUUAAUCAGCGUCCUAUAAAGAGAAAUUUACUAAUAUUGUACAAUGACUGCGAAUCAUGUACGAAAGCGUCGAAAAGGAGGGUCAACGGAAAGAUAACGAUGCAUUACUAAAAGCCGAUAGUUUUGAUCCCCUGGAAGAUGCAACUCCAAAUUGGAGUUGUUAUAAACUGAUUAUUGAUCCUGGUUUGAGCAGCGGAAGUCAGAAACUGUACCGCUAUGAUGGGCAGCACUUCAGCGCACCACAUCCUGAAUGUUUCCCUCUGGAUGUUGUACGAGAUCCCAGAAUUGCUCGUUUUUGGACAAAGUUCAAAGAAACAGAUCUCCCGGUGCCCAAAUUCAAGGUUGAUGAGAAUUAUGUUGGAGCGCCGAAGGAGUUGACAUUUGCAAGGCUUAAUGACAACAUUAGAGAUGGAUUCCUGUCUGAAAUGUGUAAACACUUUGGAGAGGUUCAAGAUUUGAAAGUUUUAUACAAUCCGAAAAAUAAGAAGCAUUUAGGAAUAGCAAAGGUCGUUUUUGAAUCUGUAAAGGCAGCAAAUAAUGCAGUAAAAAGCCUCCACAACACUUCUGUGAUGGGAAACAACAUCCAUGUGGAGUUUGACCCCAAAGGUGCGAAGAGGAACCGAUACUUCCGGAUGCUUGUUAGUGGUUUAUAUACACCUUUUACUCUCCCUGUUGGAGACGAGGCCUGGGGACCCCAGUCACCAUCUUCCAUCACUGACUCUUUCACUGAGUGCGAAUCUCUGAAGAAGCUGUCGUACACAUUAUCAUCAUCAUCCUCAAUAUGUAAUGGCUCUCCUUCAUUGGAUUGUUCUACACCUUUAUCCAUGGAUACAGCCUACUCCAGCAUGCAUCAGGACACACCGAGUAGCUUCUGGCAGACCCCUCAAUACCAAGAUACCCCUUGUACGCCUUCUCUGACCCACAGUAGACCAGGCACACCAUCUCAGUGUGAAAGGACCCCAGUUGAGUCUGCGCUGACAACCAGUGCCUCCAAUGUCCCUUUUAUUCAACAAUCCAUCCCAAACAUCUCACAGCUACAGCCUGGUCAUGUGACUCAACCAGCCUCAAAUAAACCUAGCAUUAUUCAAGGUGCUGUGCAAAACUUUUGGAUGCUAGGUGGAGCUCCCUCUCAAAACAGUAGCUUCUCGAAUAGGCAAAGAACUCCAGGACGUAACUCUCACCUUAGUAACCAUGUUCGUGGAGGACACCGGGUCAGACAUCUCGAGAGCAAGUACCAAAACGCAUACAACCGUAGGCCACAGCACCACUAUGUACAUAGACCUGUAUAUAGGGGAGGUCACUACCGCUCUGGACCUACAGCCAAUCAAACGCCUUUUAGUAAAUUUCAGGAAAAUCCCACCACACCAUCACAUUCAGAUAAGCUCACAGUCCAAAACUUUACUGACUCAGUCAAGGGCCUCAGUGUUAAUCACAGAUCUGUUGCUGAAGUUCCACCAUCACUUCCAAAUUCGAAAUUGCUGCAAAAGGCUACUGGAUUCGAUGUUCAUCACAUUCAUUCUGAUAUGCAGAUAAAUGCAGAAAAUACUUUCACUGGAACUGAUUCACAUGUAUCUUGCAAAACUCAAGAAGGUGAACCAAACUCAUUGUCCACCACAAGCCCGGUCUUCUCGCUCAUAUACCCCAAAACCGUGUCCUUCCUCUGAAACCACAGAAGAUCUAUCAGACCCCAUAGUGGAGUGUCCUUCUCCUGAAUCUCCUGCUCCGGAAUCAAAGCCUGAAAGCCUAGACUCUCGCAUCCAGAUGCUUCUCAGUGCUGGAAGUCCAGUUCUUCCCCUUUUGAACCAGGACA